AUGACGAUGAGCACGCUCAGCGAAAAAAUGAAGGCACUAGAAGCCGAGGAGUUUAUUCUGAAUCGCAACCCAAAUAGAACGUGUUUGUUUCCAAUCGUGUACCCAGACUUCUGGGAAUGGUACAAGAAGGCCCAAGCGUCGUUCUGGACUGCAGAGGAAAUCGACUUCUCAAUGGACUACAACCACUGGCAUAAACUAAAUAAAGAUGAACGACACUUCAUCACAAACGUGUUGGCGUUUUUUGCAGCAAGCGACGGGAUUGUUUUGGAGAAUUUGGCACUCAAGUUUUUGAGAGACGUCAAAAUCCCAGAAGCACAGAGCUUCUAUUCAUUUCAAAUAGCAGUGGAAAACAUACACUCAGAGACCUAUAGUUUGUUGAUAGAAAACUAUGUAAAAGAUGAGGCUGAGAAGAGAAGGCUGUUCAUGGCAAUUGAGACGAUUGACGCAGUCAAGGAUAAGGCAAACUGGGCAAAAAAGUGGAUCACAGAUGAAAACUCAUUUGCAGAAAGAAUUGUAAGCAAUUUUAAGAAUAAACUAAUUAAUUACUAUAGAAUAGUGGCAUAUGCAGCAGUGGAGGGGAUAUUGUUCAGUGGAAGUUUUUGUGCUCUGUUCUGGCUUAAGAAAAGAGGUCUGAUGCCAGGAUUGACAUUCAGUAACGAGUUGAUUGCAAGAGAUGAAGGGUUGCACGCAGAUUUCGGAUGCUUUAUAUACCAUAACCUCAAGCAUAAAUUACCAGAAGAAGCAGUACAGCAAAUUAUUAAGGAGGCCGUGGUGGUUGAGAGGAGUUAUAUAUGCGACUCCCUGCCCUGUGACUUGAUAGGAAUGAACUCACAAUUGAUGACGCAAUACAUCGAAUUCGUAGCCGAUAGACUUCUACAGUCCCUAGGAGUCAGACCAGUUUACAAUGUGACAAACCCAUUUGACUGGAUGCAGCUGAUAUCAGUCCAGGUAAAAUUUAUGGUAAACUAA